AUGUUUUCCCGCAAGGAGUUGCUUUACCUUAGGGCGUUAAUUUUCGCCACGUUGCUGCACAUCAGCAGCACACUGCAGCUGGAAGGACUGUCGACAAAGAAACCACGGGUUACAAAGUACACCAUGAAGCCCACGUCCAGUUCGGCCACUGCUGUACCGUCGUCCCUGUCGCUGUACCGUCUGAAUGGAGCGAGUGGCGCAACGUGCAUACUGAUUCAGACCGAUGCCCUGCUGAGCAUUCAGUACCGUGAUAAGUACAAUGAGGAUAAGGAGGCCGAUGCAUUCCUUCCGGACCAAAUGGACAUAUCCGGCGAAUGCUGGGAGGAUGAGUCACGCAUCACGAUGUCAUGGAAGGGUUUCACCAUUAACAUCUACUUCUCGAAAACGCCGGGCGGUGAGCGUUGGUACGUGAACAGUGUCGAUCUGGCGUACUCUUCGUCGAACAAGCUGUUCGAGCACAUUGACCGUCCCGGGCUGGAUGUGAAGCUUUCCACCCCGCCGGGCACGCUGCUCUUCCCGACGCCGGUCGGUAAGUCGUACACCUGCGACAACGAGGUCACGAUCACGAUGUUCGCCCAGGACGAAAACGACAAGUCGGGCCACCUGGCCAAGCUGUAUCUGCGCGAGCUUCGGAUGCAAAGCUUCAUGUACAAGGCGGGCAAUGCCUGGGGUCCAACGUUCCAGUGCAGUGCAACCGGCACGUAUCGCGACGAAACGGCUCCGAUAGCGGUCGGUUCUACGUUGGCCGUUGCUACCGUGUGCACCGUCGUUGGAUACGGCCUGUGGAGAUACUUCAAAGUUAAGAAGUUCCAGUACGGCACUAUGGCUUAA